GUGCCAUCUAUAUAUGAUAUUAUAUUGUCUCAGUUGAGUCCUAAAAUACAAUUCUGAAUACUGCAGCCAUCUUUCUGCAAUUAUUUUCAAAGAGUACCUUAAGGAAAAAAUGAUUUUAUAGUAGGUUUUUAGGAUUGUUUAAAAGCGAGAGUGUAAGCAUGCCAAUAUGAAAACUCAACUUAAUACUCCGUCCAGCUUUCAAUUCGUCUUCUUCUUUGUUUCUUAUGUAAUCUUCAUGAAUUUGAGGAAGGUGUUGACAAUAGAAAACCGUAAGUACAUAGAAUCUACAUCGAUAAAGCCGCGGAAAUGAUUAGAACACCACACAAGUCGAUGUGGGAGACUUAAUAAUGAAUCCCACAUUUUAUUAAACACUUAAACUCCUGAAAUCCUCCAUGUAUUUAGCAGCUGGAUUGAGCUACAAGUUUCCAGCCCCUUCAUUAAAAGCUUAGCUGUUCACGCGUCUCUCUUUAGUCCUUUAUAUUGCCCAUUUUCUCAAUCUCUUCUCUCCCCUCAUAUCGACUUCAAAUUGUGUGAAUAUGACUGUACAUAGUGAUAUUCAUGCAGAAAAGCCAGCAUCUGAAGAUAUUCAUGCAGAAAAGCCAGCAUAUGAGGCUAUAGUACUAGAGAACGUGUGGGCGAGCUUUAUCGGUGUGGAUGGACCCAAAAACGCAACAGAAUUGUCUCAAUCCUGGGAAGAUAUGCCUCCUCUUGAUGGGAGAGAAGGUUCAAUGGAAGUUCUACAAAGGCUACCAAGCCUAGGUAGGUGGAUAUCAAUGGGAACUGAGGCCUGGGAGGAGCUUCUGGACAGUGUUGUUGGUCCUGCACAAAAUACGGAGCAGUCUUGCAAUGACAAGUUAGAAGGCAAUGGAACUACAAAUUUGGAAUGUGAAGCAAAGGUCGAGAGAGCAAAGAAAGUGGAAAUUGCGAAGCACUACCGCGGAGUUAGGAGGCGGCCGUGGGGCAAGUAUGCAGCAGAGAUUAGGGACUCAACAAGAAAAGGGGCUAGGGUUUGGCUUGGGACUUUUGAGACUGCUGAGGAGGCCGCUUUGGCUUAUGACAAGGCUGCUUUGAGAAUUAGAGGCUCAAAGGCACAUCUUAACUUCCCCCUUGAAACAGUUGCAAAGGCCAUGGGAUUGGAUUUCUUCAGCAUUUCUUUAUCCUCAAUUGGUUCGAAUCCUCGGAAGAGAGGGUUGAGAGAUUGGGAAGAAAAUGUUGAGGAAAGAAAACCUGCAGUGAAGAGGAAGGCAAGCAUGCAAAAGAUGUGUGAUCAUGAAUUUGAUGUAUUUGAGUUCCAAGACCUGGGAAGUGACUACUUGGACAGUUUGCUGUCUUCUAUUUGACAAAGGUUAGAAUAAGAAAGGAAGCAAUGCUUCUGAUGUGUAUGUUGUAAGAAUAUGAGCAUAAGUAUGAAUCUAUGAACUUAGUUAUUGGUCUUGAGAUUGAAUGGGAAGUUUUAUUGGAAAUGGAUUUUGUAAUCCAUAUCACACUGGACUACUAUUUAAGGGAUUAGUUUCCUAUAAGGAUUCUGAUAGGGGAAUCCUUAGGGGAUCUGGCAAAUAUUAUGUUGUGUAUAUAUAGUGGCCUUUACUCUCACAGUUGAUACGCUCAAUCAUCGAACUAAGACCUAUUAUUAGUUAGAGCAAACUGAUUACUGGAGAGAGGAGAAGGUGCACUGCUUGUUUGCUGCAGAAUCUGAAAUUGUUGGUUUCUUCA